AUGGACAAGUGGAAUUCACUUGAACCGUCAUUAGAAAAGCAGUUAAAGGGUCAUCGGGGAGGAAUAACCGCCCUGUUUUUUAAUCCAAACGAGCAACAAAUUGCUAGCAGUUCCUUGGAUCAUAGUGUUUUGCUAUGGGAUCUGCGUGGAACUAUGAGAAGUUACAGAUUUCAAGGUCAUGACGAAGCAGUUAUGGAUGUAACAUUUUCGCCAACAGGAAAAUAUAUGGCAUCAGCAUCUCGUGACAAAACUGUUAGACUAUGGGUGCCCACUGUUACAGGCAGCACAGGUGUAUUUAAAGCUCACUCUCAAACUGUCCGGUCAGUGCAGUUUAGUCCUGAUGGUGGGAGGAUAUUAACAGCAUCAGAUGAUAAAAUAGUUAAAAUGUGGUCAAGUGAAAAGCACAAAUUUUUAGCAUCCUUUGUAGGACAUACAAACUGGGUGAGAUGUGCUAGAAUGUCUCAUGAUGGCUCAGUAAUAGCUUCCUGUUCUGAUGACAAAACUACACGCUUGUGGAACCCUGACACAGGGGAAUGUAUUUAUACAUACAAAGAUCAAAAGAGCUUUGGAAUGUAUUUAUCAUGGCAUCCUUCUGGUUGUUAUAUAGCUAUAGGAACAUCAAAUGGAAAUGUUAAAGUUUAUGAUAUAAGAACUCAUAACCUUGUGCAAUAUUACAGCAUUCAUAGUGAUGCUGUAACUCAGUUGGUUUUUCACCCUAGUGGAAGUUAUAUAUUAACAUCAAGCAAGGAUGGCAAAAUGAAGAUAUUAGAUUUGCUAGAAGGACAUCCAAUAUUUACUCUAAGUGGUCAUGGUGGAUCUGUUAAUUCUGUUAACUUUUCCAAUAGUGGAGAUAGUUUUGCAUCAGCUGGUGAAGACAAAUUGGUAUUUAUAUGGAAAACAAAUUUUACUGAGUUUGCUAAUGAAACAAAGGAAAAUGAUGAACAAAAUCAGUUGCCAACACCUAAAUUGCCAUCACAGAAUGCCCCUAAUAAAAUGUCGGCUAGUACUGUGCGAAAAAAUCAGGGUGCAAGGUUAUGGUAUCAAUGCUAUCACAGCUCCAAGUACCCUGUUGUCACAUUUGUACAUCUUGAUGAUGCUUCAAGUAUAACUGCAGAGUCUGUGACAAUACACAAGGGGCAAGAAGAACCAAUAGGAAACAGUACUUUUAAUGAAGAAAGCCAUCUUGACCGACAUAAUAUUUCUAUUCCCUUAAACAUUACCUUUCAAAAAAAUUUAUCUAAAAGUGCAACAUGCAAUGGGACCCGAAUAUCAGAAUGUGGCUCUUCUGAGUCAUUUAGUGUUGGUCAUUUGAGUCAUAUUCCUCGUGCACCUCCCAACCCUGCAACAUACUCAUUGCCAUCAAUAAUUAACACAUUUACUGGAGUUGAACAAGAUGGUGAAGAUUUGUUUGGUAUGAUUAAACUCAAAGAGACUGAUGUAUGUUAUACAAGUGGAACAAUUGAGUGGGUUGGGCGAAAAAGAACAUUUCCAAUAAAUAGUGGAUUUAAAGUAAUUCCUGAAAGACGCAACUCAAAAAAUGAACCAUCUGUAAAAAAGAUGAAGAAAUUUAAUAAUACAUUAUCAAGCAGAGUGGGCAAAAUAAAAGAAUGCGACUGUGCUGAUGUUUUACCUACGGUCAAUACUAUAGUUGAUCAUUUAAAUGCCCUUCAUGAAGCAGUAGACUUAGUUGACUUGAGACUAAACACAUUAGAAGAUGUUGCAACUGUUAAAAAAUAA